AUGUAUCAGGCUUCAAAUGUUUACUUCAUUUGCGGCUUCGCCGCCAUAGGCGGCGGACUGUUCGGUUUUGACAUUUCGUCCAUGUCGGGUGUUCUUGGCACCGAGGCUUAUAAGCAGUACUUUGACAACCCCAAGUCGUAUCGCCAGGGCGCCAUCACGGCUUCCAUGCCGGCUGGAUCCCUCGUUGGGUCUUUGUUUUCGUCGUUUCUUGCUGAUCGGUACUCGAGAAGGGUUGCUCUUCAGAUUAGUUGUAUUCUAUGGAUCGUUGGUAGUAUUCUGCAAUGUGCUUCGCAGAAUAUUGGUAUGCUAUGCACGGGACGAGUUAUUGCUGGGUUUUGCGUUGGUAUUGCUAGUGCUGUUGUUCCCGUCUAUCAGGCCGAGAUCGCCCCUAAGGAGAUUCGAGGACGUGUUGUCAGUUUGCAACAAUGGGCUAUCACUUGGGGUAUCCUCAUCCAAUACUUCAUCCAAUACGGUGCCGCAGCCGGCAUAGACGGCGGCCCCGACGACAAGAACCAGUCAACAGCAGCCUUCCGAAUCCCCUGGGGAGUUCAGAUGGUCCCAGCCUGGAUCCUCCUGGUCGGUUUAUUCUUCUUCCCGUCCAGUCCCCGAUGGCUCGCCUCGCAAGACAGGUGGGAGGAAGCACUCCAGACGCUGGCUAACCUCCACGGAAAAGGCGACAAGACGCAUCCGACUGUCCUGGCCCAGUACCGUGAAAUUGAGGACUCGUUGCGGUUUGACCGUGAGGAGGCUGCUAAUAGCUACAAGAACUUGGUUACGAGGAGAAUGAUUAAGCGUGUGAUUCUGGGCAUGAGUAUUCAGGCUUGGAGUCAGCUGUGUGGCAUGAACAUUAUGAUGUACUACAUCGUCUACAUUAUGGAGGGCGCUAACAUUGCCUCUCCUCUGUUGACGGCGUCUAUUCAGUACAUCAUCAACGUGCUGUUGACCCUGCCCGCUAUCUUGUAUCUGGACAAGUUCGGUCGUCGCCCGGCUUUGGUCAUUGGGUCAUUCCUCAUGAUGACCUGGCUGUUCAUCACAGGCAAGUUACUCGAGCAAUUAUCCAAGUUUUUAAAGCUAACAGGGAAUAGCUGGGUCGUCAAGGACAACCGCCCGGUGUCGUCGGCCAUCGUUGCGUGCUCGUACCUUUUUGUUGCUACCUUUGCCACGACUUGGGGUCCGACUUCAUGGACGUACCCUGCUGAGAUUUAUCCGUCUCAGAUUCGAGCCAAGGCUGUGUCUAUCAGCACAUCGACUAAUUGGUUCUGGAACAUGGUCCUGGCUUUUGCCGUGCCGCCUCUGCUGUGGAACAUCAACUACAAGAUGUACUACAUCUUUGGCACUUUCAACGCCGCAGCCUUUAUCCACAUGUUCCUCACAGCCCACGAAACAAAGGGCUUCACCCUCGAAGAAAUGGACGACGUCUUCGACUCUGGCCACCCAGCCUGGAUCAAGCACAACAAGGUCAGCCGCCUCGAAAACCUCGCCAAGGACAUUGAAAAGGGCAAAGUCACUGUCGUGGCUCCUGGAACUGGCGAGGCUGUCGAGGUUGGGAAGGAGGAGAAGAAUUGA